AUGACUUUUUCUCCGACCGUGUCAAUGGACUGGCAAAGUACCGCAGAAGGAGAAACUAUUUUACAAUAUUUUUAUAAUCCUCAAACGUCUGGUAGAAAAUUAUUUGGUUUGUUAGAAAGACCGGGAGUACCAUCGAACGUCGAAGAAGUUUCUUAUAAACUUUUUUUUAUCGGAAGUUCCGGUAUUGGAAAAACGGCGACAAUCGCUCGUUUGGCUGGAUUGAAAUGUACAAACGAUUAUUACGAAACAAUCGGAAUACAAAAAACAAACGUUUAUUGGCCGGUUAAAAUAUGGGAUAAAAUAUUAAUAUUUAAAUUACAAUUUUGGGAUUACGGUGAUAAUAAUUGUAAAAAAUACGGUCACAUAUUAUCAUCGUGUCAAAAGAAAGCGGAUGCUGUUGUUUUUUUAUUUUCCUUCACGGAUAAAUCAAGUCUUUUGGAUUUACCUAAAUUAAUAACGACUCAUGCAAAAUCUUUCGAAGAACAACAACCGGCCGUCAUUGUUAUUGGCACAAGGUACAAAUCGAAAACGCAAUUAGAAGUAACACAAUACGACGUAAAAGAUUUCGAAAUGAAAACUCAAAUACCUGUAUUAAAAAUAGAAAAUAAAUGGUCCUCGGGAAGAAACGAAGUCCAUGAAAUUGCUCCCAUUUUAAAUAUUAUUUGCGAAAGACUUUGGAUGAGGGAUCAGGAUUAUAUACAAAAAAACGGUAUAACUCGUGACACGUCAAAUGUUACAACGGUUAAAAAAAAAAUUACCAGAUAA